AGUGAGCAAAGGCAUCAGAUUUAGUCCGAGUUCAGAGGAGUCAACAUCUGCACCUGCAUCUCAGCGUUGGACCCCUCAGCAUCUUCAGAUUUCUUAAGGACCUCUCUUUUGCGAUAUGCUGCAGUAAACAGAAAUAAAAGACAAUGAAUGGGGAAAUCGAGAGUUCAGUCUCCUCGGACAAUAAAGUCUUGGAGAUCACAAGGAAAGGACCCAUGUUGGAUGCCGGAAUUAAAGGCACUGGAAUCAGUGUAAAAGGGGAUGAAGAUCAGAUUGUUGCUGCCACGAUUCACUUAGACCACCUUGGCAAAGAAGAUGUGCUGAAAUUACUCGAGAUCAUUAAGCCUUAUGAUGAUAACCUCGAAAUUAAGACCAAAGGAGGACUAAACACCAAAAUGAAACUUGGUGAUCUUCUCUUGAAGGGUGAAGCCCCAAGGCUUGCAGAUCCAAACCUUCAAGUUCCAUCAGUUGAAGUCUGUGGGCUGAAUGGAAAGUUAAACUCCCCGAAAAUCAAGGAUGACCUCACAGCUCCAUCAGUCAAUGGAGAAAUCCCACAGAUCAAGGUGAAGGGCUCUAUACCCAACGCAACUGUGGGGGAGGGUGGCAAGUUCAGAAUGCCAACUGUUGGCAUGUCUGGGCCUAAACUUCAAGGUGCAAAUCUAGAUGGCACCAUCACAUCCCCCAAUGUCAGUGUCUCUUCUCCAACACUGAACUCUCCAGAUGUCUCAGCAGAGGUUAAGAAGCCAGACGUGAAGUAUAAGGCUCCUAAGUUUAAGAUGCCAAACUUCCGUUCUCCUGCUAAAAAAGUAGAUGGGAAUCUGGAAGUGACUACUCCAGAGUUAAAAGCAGAUCUGCAAUCCCCAGAUUUGAGUCUGUCGGCCCCAAAGGUUGAUGGAGAUCUCAAAGCACCAGAUCUCAAUGUGAAUUUGCCCAAAGCAGAAGUAAAAGGCCCAAACCUGAAGGCAGACAUCCCUGAUGUUGAUGUUGAAGCUCCCUCUGGAAAAUUAAAAGUACCUAAGCCCAAAUGGGGUAUCUCAAAGCCUAAGGUAAAGACUCCAAAUGUUGAUGCAAACAUCAAAACACCAGAUGCUGACCUCUCUGUACCAGAUCUCAAAGCUGAUGUCAAGUCCCCAGGUGUUAAUGGAGCUUUACCUGAUGCUAAGCUCAGCACUCCUGAUGUAGACAUUGACACACCAAAUCUUGAUGUCAAUGCUCCCUCUGGUAAAAUUAAAUGGCCCAAAUUCAAGAAACCAAAAGGAACACUGAAAGGACCAUCUGUGGACAUUGAUACAGACGUGAAAAGUCCAGAUUUGAAUCUAUCUGGCCCCAAAGUGGAUGCAGACAUCAGUGCACCAAAUGCUGAUGUGGAUGUACCAGCAGUAAACGUAGAUCUGAGUUUACCCAAGGCAGAGAUAGAAACUCCAGACGUUGAUCUGAAAGCUCCCAAAGUAAAUGUUAAUGCUCCAUCUGGGAAAACCAAGUUCCCAACUCUCAAGCUACCAAAGUUAAACUUACAUAAACCAAAGAUGGAAGGGCCAAGUCUUGAUGCAGACAUAAAGACACCGGAGUUAAAUGUCUCAACUCCUGAUGUAAAUGUGAACCUGCCCAAAGCUGAACUUGAUGUGUCAAACCUAGAUGCCAAGGCACCAGACGUCAAACUCUCUGCACCAAAAGUUGAAGGUGAUAUUACUGCACCAGACCUCGACAUCAAAGUUCCAGAUGCAGACCUGAAGGCCCCAUCUGGCAAAUUAAACCUGCCCAAACUAAAUAUCUUACGUCCAAAAGUGAAAGGGCCAGAUGUAAAUCUUGAUGGUAGUCUUAAUACCCCUGAUAUCGACGUCUCAGUCCCUGACGUCCCAAAACUUGAGGGAAAAGUCAACGCACCCACAGUGAAGUUACCCAAAGCAGAUCUCAAAGGACCUGAAUUAAAUGUCAAAACACCAGACCUAAACCUCUCAGCACCUAAAAUUGAAGGAGAUGUCAGCGCACCCACUGUAAAUGUAGAUCUCCCCAGUGCUGAUCUCAAAGCACCAGAUAUAACCCUUAAAACUCCAAAUGUUGAUACCCCAUCUGGAAAAGUAAAGAUACCUCAUUUUAAGAUGCCCAAAUUUGGUCUCUCUGGACAACAAGUGAAAGAACCAGAACUUGAUGCAAAUAUGCAAAUACCAGCUGUAGAUGUAAAAUUACCUAAGACAGAUCUCAAAGGGCCUGACUUUGACCUUAAAGCACCUGAACUCAAUGCCUCUAUACCAAAUGUGCAGGGUUCAAUUAAUGCUCCAGGUGUAGAUGUAAAUUUGCCCAAAGCUGACCUGAAAGCUCCUCGUCUUAACCUUGAUGCAAAAACACCAGAUCUCAACCUCUCUGCCCCAAAUGUAGACCUGAGCCUACCAGAGGCAGAUAUUAGGGGUCCUGAUGUAGAUCUAAAGGUCCCAGAUGUUGAUGUUAAUGCACCAUCUGGAAAAAUGAAGAUGCCACACUUGAAAAUACCCAAAUUUAAUCUCUCUACGCCAAAAGUCAAAGGCCCAAAGGUGGAUGCUGGUGCAGAUCUAAAGGCACCAGAUGUCAAAGGGCCUGAUCUUAACCUAAAAUCACCUGACCUGGAUCUCUCCGUUCCCAAAAUUGAGGGCUAUGUUGCUGCUCCAGCUGUAGAUUUAGAUAUACCCAAGGCUGAUCUGAAUGCUCCACAAUUUCACAUUGAUGCAAAGACACCAGAUCUCAAUCUGUCUGCCCCAAAUGUAGAUGUGAGCUUGCCAAAAGGAAACAUAGAGGGCCCUGAUGUAGAUCUAAAAGUCCCAGAUGCAGACAUUGAUGUUCCUUCUGGAAAAGCAAAGUUGCCACACUUCAAGAUGCCUAAAUUUGGCCUCUCUGGGCAAAAAGUUAAAGAGCCUAAACUGGAUUUCAAAGGAAAUGUGGAUGUUUCUGUCCCUAAGGUUGAGGGAGAAAUAAAUUCACCAGAUGUUGACCUAAGUCUACCCAAAGCUGAAGUUAAUGUCCCUGAUGUUGAUGUCAAGACUCCUGAAAUAGAAACUCCUAGAGGAAAGAUGAAACUCCUCACUUUGAAAAAACCCAAAUUUGGUGGAUCCACUCCAAAAGUGAAGGCACCUGUAGCUGAAAUCAACGCAGAUCUCAAAACUCCAGAUGUUAAUCUAUCAGCCCCAGCAAUAAAGGCAGAUGUUAAAGCUCCAGAUGUCGAUUUAAAUUUGCCUAAAGCUGGCCUCAAAGGUCCUGAGGUUGAUUUGAGCUCCCCAGAAGUUGAUGUAGAGGCUCCGAAAGGAAAGAUAAAAUUUCCAACACUUAAAAAAUUCCAGUUUUCUGGCCCAAAAGUGAAAUCUCCUGAUGUUAAAGUUGAUGCUGAUGUACAAGGACCUGAUGUGAGUAUGUCUGCCCCCAAAGUUGAGUCACCCAAGGCUGAUUUGAGUUUUCCCAAAGCCGAGGUUGACGUGGGAUCUCCAGAUGUCAAUGUUAAUGUUGAUACUCCCAAGAGUAAAUUCAAAUGGCCCUUCAGAAGAUCAAAGGAUGGAACAAAGGGUGCAAUUGCAGAUAUUCCAGAUGCACCAGAGGUUGAUGCUGGAGGGGUCAGUACAGAUGUUACCAUGGCACUUCCAAAAAAUGUACCAGUGUUCAAGACGCACAGACUGCCCAGCAGCAACAUCAACAACAUCGAAAAUAUCAUACAGAAAAUUUCUGGGGCUGUUGACUUGAGCAGCGAUCCCAUCAAGACACAGGCGGAGACCUCAGUUCCUAAGGCAGAAGUGAAAAUGACCCCUGCAUCUUCUGUUGACAAUGGAGAGACAAAAACAGUAGACAUCAAAGAAAGACUGAGAAUGUUUGCAGCACGCUCCUUCAGUGAUCUGACCGCUCCUUCAAUAGAUGCCUCAGACUCAACAGCAAGCCUUGAAGUCGGGGCAUCCUCAGGUCCAGAAAGUCCUACGAAAGUGAAAAGAGGAACGUUCAAAGUAGCGACUCCUGAAGCUGGCAAGAAUCAUCCAGUCAUCAACUCAACUACAGAAGAAGAUAAACUGUCUCUGAGUCUUAACAACAUGCUCGGUUUGCUCACCAAAUCUGACGAAGAUUAAGUUUACGUAACAACAGGAUACAAUUCCAAACCCAGUUUUUACUGUCUGGAAAGUCUAAACCUACAAAAAAGGGAUUAUUGACAUUGACGAUGAAAGUGUGAUGUAAUAUAAGACGAUGCUUCUGUUCAUGUCACACUGUCUACUUUUAUAGAAUUUGAUUCGAAAAAUUACCUAGAAAAAAUGAAAAUUAAACAAAAGUGUGAACGUUCUUGGGUGGAGUUCAAAGAAAUGGGAUAGAAUUCUGCAACGUGUAAUUAUUUUGUAAAAAGUCUGUAAAACAUUCUAUCAGGUUUGUGUCAAAGUUUAUGGCAAUCACAGCUUAAUAUUUUUACAUUACUAAUAUGAAGGAAAAGUUGUGCCUUUCAUUUUGAAUAUCUAUUUUGUCUGUACACAGUAAUCUAAUAUAUAACGUUUUUAUAAAUGUAUAUGUUCCUAUAUGUAUUCAUCAGUAUUGUUGCUAAUGGAAAACUAUAAUGCCCAAUUAAUUACACAAAAAAAGUCUCUGGUUCAAGUCUUUGACCAAAUAUUCUAUAACUGUAUAGAAUUUCCGUAAACACUGCUAUAUAUUUUUUCUAAUAAAUGUCAUUUUUAAUGCA